AUGCCGGUUCCCGCACGGCAGCCGGGCUCCCGGAGCCGCCGGGGCUGGUGCUCCGACACCAACAUGGCUGCGAGGCUCCGCCGGCUUCUCCGCCGCUGCUCCGCCAUCUCCCCAGCGGGAACCUUCCGGCGGGGAAGGGCCAUUCUGUCCUACAUUCCUUCUCCCGCACACGGCGCCGUUCGCCACGGAGGGGGCGGAGGGCACGAAGGAGAGGGGGGCGCACCGCAUCUCGGGACGCAGGGGACCGCGGCGGCCCUGGGGACAGAGCCGCGGGGAGAGCGGGGUGCGUGUGGCAGCCAGGGGCGGUGGGACGGGGCGGGAGGACCGGGGCGGGGGAGCCGCGGGGUUCCUGCGCCCUCCGGCAGAGCCCCGCGCCCCGCGAGAGCGCCCCGGGAUGGCUACGCGAACAGCGGCGCCUCCGCCCGCUCGGGCAGCGCCGCAGCGCCAGCGGUGCCGCCCAGCCCAGCUCAGCGCGGGCAGCCGCCGGCGCCGUCCCGCGGGCAGCGGCGGCAGCGCGGCCAGGCCCGGCCCGGCCCGUCCGCGGGCACCCGCCCCGCCGCUCCGCGCUCCCCGCGGCCGCCGCCCUCCCGGGAAGGGCGUCGUCCCGGCGCCCCCGCCGCGCCCUGGGGUCGUCCUGACCGGGACGUUCAGCACCGGCCGGGCCGCCCCUCACCUCCCCCCCCGCCCCGUCCCCUGGGCCGGUACCGCGGUGCAAUGCAGAUGUGCCGGGAGCGACUCCCCUCGCGUUACCUGGUGCCUCCGGGGACGGGCGGCGGCCGGAGCGCGUCCCCUGCGGGUGCGGCCGCGGCCGGGCCCCGGCGGGCUGCGGGCGCUGGCGGCAGGCGGGCUGCCCGCCGCUCCGCCCCGAGCCGGCGCUCACCCCCCGCAUCCUACCGCGGCUCCGCGGCGGAGCUGCCCGCGGCCGGGACGGGCACGGCGGCCCGGGGACGGCCCCGCGCGGCGGCCGGGGCGGGCGGCGGCACAUGCACACACGCGCGGCGGGGGCGGAAGGCGCGGGACAACCCGCCCGCAUCGGCCCGUCCGCAUCGCCCCGCACCGGGCAGCCCGCCCCGCUCUGCUCCCGCCGGCGCUGACCUUGUCGCGUACCUGCGCCAGGUUAAUCCUCGCCAAGCGCUGCCGCUCCGCACCCCGCUACGGGAUCCUGCGCGCCGGGCGCCGCGCUGGACGGACGGACGGAUGGACAGACGGACGCGGCCGAGGCGCGGGCAGCCCCGCCGCCGGGCCGGCGCCUCCCGGGUGCGGGUGCCGCUAGCGCGGGGCGGCCGGCGGCAGGGCCAUGCGGCUCCGCGCCGCUCCGCGCCGGGCGCGCUCAGGCGGAGCAGCCGCGGCGGCGGGCGCUGCGGCGGGGCAGAGCGGGGAGCGCGGCGCCCGCGGCUCGGCCCUCCGCGGCGGCGGCAGCUGCGCCCAUCCUCCGCGCCGCCGGCCUCCGCCCGGCCCCGGCCCCGGCCCCGGCCGCGGGCAGCCGCGCCGCUCGCUGCCGCAUGGAGCAGCCGCCGCCUCCCCCGCGCCGCGCCGCGCCGGGGCGGGCUGGAGCAGCCGGGCCCUCCCCGCCCCGCCGCACGCACGGCUGAGCCGCAGCCGCCCGCCCGACCGCCGCCGCCGCCGCGCAGACGUGCGGCCGGGCCGCCCCCCGCCGCGCCGGGCUCGGGGCCGCGCGCCGCCGGGCGGGACCAGGCGCGGGCACCGGCGCGGAGACGGACACGCCUCCGCCUGCCCCGCCACGCCGGGGCCGGGCUGCGGCGACGGGCGCCGACAGCGGCCGCGGCCCCCGGGGCACCCCACAGCCCUCCCGGGGCCAGAGCCCCGCCCCGGGUCCGGAGCGGGCGGGGGCGGCGCGGCCGCGGGCGGUGCGCGGAGUUUGAGCUGGCGAUCGGUCCGGUGGAUGCACCGGCGGAACCGUCCCGCGGGGCGGGAGCGCGGCCGCAGCUCCGCUCCGCUCCACCCUCGGGGCACGCAGCUGCCCGCAUCCUGCCCGUGCCCCGCCGGUGCGCGGGCACGGACUGCAACACCGCGCUUCUAGGAGGGAUGGUCCUGGCAGCAGAAGGAAACGCUGGGUCAUCUGUGGGGGCAGGAGGAGGAGAGUGCAUUUCGUGCUAUGGAACACGGGCACCCUUUUCUAGUGCUCUUUUGCGGGAAAACGCCGGGGAUGUUGCAGGACCCGAAGAAGAGGAGCUCUGCCUGCAGAGCCUGGAAGAGGAGCUAAUUAACGAACCUCGUCAGCGGGCAGUGACCCCGCACCUGGAGGGAUGUGCAGGCGCUGCCCUGCCACCACCGGGCAACGGCCCCGUCUGCCCCGACACCCUUCCCCUGGCGCGGGAGGCAUUGCCGGCUCCUCCGGGGCUGCCCCGGGACUCUGCAGCCGCCACCGCCGCCGAGGGUGUUCGAGCAAGGGCUGCUGCAUCUUCUGUCAGCCUGAAAUCCCUCCUGGACAUGAGACUGACACCAGCAGCUAGUUACUGUACCCAGGGGGAGAACUGCCCCUCCCUGGGGCGCCCCGGAGUGUGGGAGCUGUGGGUGUGUGGGGAGGUUCGCUCGCUCCUGGCUGGGAUGGACAGCCCGUCUGUCUGA